GAAACAGUACGACAAAAUGGAAUCCUAACGUUUUUAGAAACAUGAAAAUACUGGCAUUUCUUACUUAUAAAUCAGAAUUUCUCCUUAUAACCAGCUUGAUGGCUUAGCUGCAUUAUGGCACUUUCUAUGCUCUCCACAACUGUCAGUUAUUGGCUGAACUAUAAUGGCUUUCCUGUGCAAGUACAACUUGCAAAGGUAGAAAACACUUGCACUGGUAGAAAAGCCAGAAAUCUAUCCAGAUCCCUUUCAUUCUCCUUUCUUUUCCUCAAAACAAAAUGUAGUGAAUAGAUUCAGCUCCCUAAAAAUGGAACUGUGGCUCCAAAACUGGCAGUUUUUUCAUAGCUCUGUAACUUAGCUUCUGUUGUGAUGGCUAAAUCUCCAGCCAAAAUUUGUUGUUGUCGUUUUUGCUUUGUUUUCUGGUAACAACUAUCUAACAUGGGUAAGUUUCACCAGUUUUACUACUGUAAGAAACCAGUAGGCAUUUCAGUCUGGGCCUAAAAGAUAUUGAGGCAGAUUUACAAAUUGUCAAAGCACUGAGUGGUAGGGUAAUUUUUCAUGAAUAGCUGAGAAUGCAUUCACCAAAAUUCAUUGAAAAGAAUCCAGAGAGUUUCUGAAUGUGGACUGCUUGUAAGCCUACAUUAUAAUGUCCUCUGAGGCUCUGUGCAGCCAAGAACAACGCCUUUACAUAUCAGCAUUAAUAAUUUUCUUGCUGAUUAAAGCACAAAUACAAAAUAUUCAUACUUUUAACAUCCGCACAAACAGCUUGAAGAAGCAUCUUGUCUCACUGGAGGAUGAAGCAUGGAAGAAUUACACUCCAUUUACUUGUGUGACUGCCUGUCCUUUCUAUAGGCAUGUUCAGUGACAGUAUCCUACUAAUCAUCCAGUUCCUUUUCAGUUUCUAUCAGAAAUACGUGAAAAUAUUUGUCUGUCAUCAUCUGAAUCGUAACAGAAACUGUGCUAUUUAGAUCCUAGGCUAUCAGUUUAAGCUGUUAAGACCCGAGAAGGGUCAGGUACAAGUGUAUCAGAAUUUUGUCCAUGAACUUUGUUUUCCAUCAUUUUUAGUCUCUAGUAGUGCCAUAAUUAAAAAACCUCUGGUUGUUACUGACCUCUGGCUCCAUUCACCAAUCUGUGGGUAACUGUAGAAUUUGAGUAGAAUAUGAGAAUUUCAUAUUCUACCUCUCCUUUGCAAAGGUAUAGGAGAAAGAGAUGAGGCAAUCCUGUCAAAAUAUACUUGGUGCUGGCAAGAGAAGAGCUAACUGAAGGUACGUGCUCAUGCUGCUUACAUUAAAAUGAAUAAAUUUUCACAGAGAACAAAGCUUUCCUGUUCAGACUUCUCUGCUCUUUGUUCUUCAGGCAGAUGAAGAGUUGCAGGACAUCAGCCAGAGGGAUAGGCACUGCUCCUGUUUUACUUAACCAUUCAUGGUCAAAUCAUCAAUGUUAACAUCAAGCAGUGUUAAGUUGGAGCCUCCCUCGUUUGGAGCGAUGACUGUUGAUUGAAAUCUCCAUCUUUGCGGGCUGCUUGCUGCUUUCUCACCUGAGGAUUUCAAGAGUGUAAAAGAAUAACCUCUGGUCAUUUCCUUCCUUGAUAAUGAAGUUACAUUAUUUGUGAAUGAAUUUUGCUGAAUAUGGAUCCGGGUGGUGGAAGUCUUGGAUUGCAAACACAAGAAUCCAAAAUGCCUCACGCUAUGAUUAUGCAGGACUUCGUGGCUGGAAUGGCUGGCACUGCUCAUAUUGAUGGAGAUCAUAUUGUUGUGUCAGUCCCUGAAGCUGUCCUUGUUUCUGAUGUUGUUACCGAUGAUGGAAUAACUCUUGACCAUGGCUUAGCAGCUGAAGUUGUGCAAGGACCAGACAUCAUCACUGAAACUGAUGUUGUAACAGAGGGUGUCAUUGUUCCUGAUUCUGUUCUGGAAACUGAUGUGGCUAUUGAAGAAGCACUAGAUACCAGUGAUCAUGUUCUGACUUCUGAUCUAAUAACAGAAGCUGUUAGAGUUCCUGACCAGGUGUUUGUGGCUGACCUUGUUACGGGUCCCGAUGGACAUUUGGAGCACGUGGUGCAAGACUCCGUGUCAGCAGCUGACUCACCUACGAUGGUCUCAGAAGAAGUCCUUGUAACAAACUCAGAUUCUGAAACAGUCGUUCAGGCAGCUGGUACUGUUCCUGGCUCUACAGUGACUAUAAAAACAGAAGAUGAUGAUGAUGGCAAGAGUACAUCGGAAGACUACUUAAUGAUAUCUUUGGAUGAUGUUGGAGAAAAACUGGACCACAUAGGAAGCACUCCCUUGAAAAUCAGUACUGAAGUGACAAAUGAUGAAGUGGCUAAAGAUGAUGGGUUUGGUUCUGAAGUUAUCAAAGUAUACAUAUUUAAAGCUGAAGCUGAAGAUGAUGUUGAAAUAGGUGGGACAGAAAUUGUCACAGAGAGUGAUUUUCACAAUGGACAUUCGGUAGCUGGAGUAAUUGAACAAGGAGGUGUUGGUAGAAUGCAGCGAGAAAAAAUGGUUUACAUGGCUGUUAAGGACUCUUCUCAGGAAGAUGAAGAUAUUAGCUGUGCUGAAAUAGCAGAUGAAGUUUACAUGGAAGUUAUUGUAGGUGAAGAAGAAGCUACAUCACUUCCAGACACGCAGCUUGAAGAGACUGGUGUGAAUAAAACUUUUGUUCCUGUUGCUUGGGCUGCUGCUUAUGGAGAUGACAGAAGACUACCCAGAAGAUAUGAAGAUGGUCAAGCGGCAGGGAAUAACUUGGAUACACGAUUAGAAAACAAAAACGGUAAUGCAACACAAUACCUGCAGAUUUGUGAUAGCAUUAGCACUAAUAGAGUGCUAAAACAAAAAACCAAGAAAAGGAGGAGAGGAGAGGCCAGGCAAUGGCAAACAGCUGUUAUAAUAGGUCCUGAUGGACAGCCCUUAACAGUUUACCCUUGUCAUAUAUGUGGGAAAAAAUUUAAAUCCAGAGGAUUCUUGAAAAGGCAUAUGAAGAAUCAUCCAGAUCAUAUGAUUAAGAAGAAAUACCAGUGUACAGACUGCGACUUUACAACUAACAAAAAAGUAAGUUUCCACAAUCAUCUGGAAAGCCAUAAACUUAUAAAUAAAGUUGAUAAAACCCACGAGUUUACGGAAUAUACAAGAAGAUACAGAGAAGCAAGCCCGUUGAGUUCUAAUAAACUAAUACUGAGGGACAAAGAGCCUAAACUGCACAAGUGCAAAUACUGUGACUAUGAAACUGCAGAGCAGGGGCUACUCAAUAGACAUCUACUUGCAGUUCACAGUAAGAACUUCCCUCACGUAUGUGUGGAGUGUGGGAAAGGAUUCCGUCAUCCGUCAGAGCUGAAAAAGCAUAUGAGGACCCACACUGGGGAAAAGCCAUACCAGUGUCAGCACUGUGUCUUCAGGUGUGCUGAUCAGUCCAAUCUGAAAACUCAUAUCAAAACCAAACAUGGGAACGACUUGCCAUUUAAAUGUGAGCACUGUCCCCAGGCUUUUGCAGAUGAAAAGGAGCUGCAGCAGCACACAGAAUUGUUUCAAGGGCAUAAGACUCAUCAGUGUCCGCACUGUGACCAUAAGAGCACCAACUCCAGUGACCUGAAGCGACACAUUAUUUCAGUUCAUACGAAGGAUUUUCCCCACAAAUGCGAGGUAUGUGAAAAAGGCUUCCAUCGUCCAUCAGAGCUCAAAAAGCAUAGUGAAACCCAUAAAGGUAAAAAGAUACAUCAGUGUAGACACUGUGACUUUAAAACGUCAGAUCCUUUUAUACUGAGCGGGCACAUCCUCUCAGUUCACACCAAGGACCUGCCUUUUAAGUGCAAAAGAUGUAAAAGAGGAUUUAGGCAGCAAACUGAACUUAAGAAGCACAUGAAGACGCACAGUGGAAGAAAAGUUUAUCAAUGCCAGUAUUGCGAAUAUAGCACUACGGAUGCAUCAGGCUUUAAACGACACGUAAUAUCAAUACACACAAAAGACUAUCCACAUAGGUGUGAGUAUUGCAAAAAGGGAUUCCGUAGACCAUCAGAAAAAAAUCAGCAUAUAAUGAGGCACCACAGAGAGGCCAUAAUGUAAUAUAUGAUGUCAAGAAGGAAGCAAUUUAGAAACUGUGUUAUGAUAAUUGGGGAAAAAAAAAUCUCAUGAACUGUUUCUCCUGGUUUCAAAGCUCGAUAUUAAAUCAUAACUUUACAUUCUUUGUAUUAAAAGUCUUAAAGUAUUAGGGUUGACAGGGGAUCUCAUAGCCCUAUGAUUGUUGCUUAUCAGAACCUGAAGAGCACUAUAGAAUGCAGAAAGAUGGAUGAAUGUCUUAAAUUUGCAGAAAGAUGAAUGAAUGUCUUCAAGUAAUAGUAUUACGCGUUGUUAAGCUAUGGAAGACAAAAAGAAGAUGAUUGUGUUACCCGUUUUGUCAGUGAGAGCGUUUGUCUCCAUACUAAAACAGUUCAGAUACGUGACGGGAUUCUUCACAGCUGGUUUGCUGAGGCAGCUGGGCCUGGCUUCUUGUGUGGUUCUGAGAGAAGAGUAUUCGUCAGUCACUUGGUCAUAACGUUUGAAAUCGUGCCUGGAAAUUAUAUUCUAGAAUUGGUCAGAGUUAGGGGGGGUUGUCCUGCUUUCAACAAAUACAACAUUUCAUUGGGAAACUUUUUGGUUUCCUCUAUUAGUUAGGACCAACAAGAAAUUUGUAAUGAUUUUCAAAGCUGCUAACCUAUUUUAUUGCAGGAUACAAUGAUAAAAACACAGCGUUGUGAUCUCAGAGGUGGUGUUUUGGUGCUAGGCUUAAAGACGUGUAUGUACAUAACUUCCCUUUUUUACCUGAAACUAUGGCUGAAUGUUGUUCAGUAUGGCACAUAAAAUUAAGUUUGAAUCUGAUUCUAUUUUUUAAGGAUGAAAUGGAUGCAGCUGAUAGUGUUGCUACUCAGCACUACUUUUUUUUUCUCACUACUUUAAGAUCUCAAAGUACUAUUAAAAAGAAAAUUGAAAAAACCUGUAGUUUGUUUUUAAUUAAAAUUCAGAGCACUUAGAAGCUCUUUAGGGCAGUGUUCUUAGCAGGUAUGGCAAUUGCCCUACCUCCUAAUAUGAAAUUUUCAAUAUAGACAUAAAAUUGCACCUUUUAAUCAAUUCUUAAAAGAAAGAAAUCUAUACCACGCUAUAAACGUGCAUUUUCAAUCUGUAAGAAAGUAUAUAUGCAGUAUUUAGCCAGAGAAAUAUGCUGCCGCUAGAGUUUGGAGAUGGAUCUUCAGUUUACAGUGUAUACAUUUAAAAUAUGCAUCCCUUUAAACAGUGCUUUGUGUUAGCAUGCUGCAGAUCAAAUGGCGCUUAAUAUAACGAGCUGGUCUAGGGCUAUUUAAUGAACAACCUGUUCAUAAGUGUUACGCAUAUAAUGUGUAUUUUUUACUCUUUUUAGUUGCUUCAUGUUUGCACACAGCUGUUCACAUGAGAAAUUGUAACUUCAUGCUAUAUUGUGGCUUUUUGUGUUUCAGAUAUGUUCAUAUUUUGUUUUUGCACCAGAUGAGAAUCAGUUCCUUGAGAAAAUUUUUUUUUUAUAUUUCUAAACUUCAGGAAGUGAAAUUUGGGAAAUCUCUUAGAAAAAUACGUGUUUUAUGUGGCUGUAAAAAAUGAUGUACACGCUGUAAAAUAAGAUUGUCACUGUGUGGGAUUAUUAUUUCUAAAUGUGUUACUCAUCGUAACGGGCGUACAAUAAAAUGCAUCUCUUGCACUCCAAAUAUUUUGGAGUCUAUUUCUCAUUUAUGGUGAUUUAGGAAAGUCUCAUUCGGUGUAAUUUUGCCUUAAUAUUUUAGUUACGUUAUUCCCUGGUUGAUAUGAAAUGUAAUAACAUCUCAAGUAAGCAGGUUACCCAAGGUAUGUUUGUGUACCACUGUUGAGGGGGAAUAUUGAGGGAAUAUUGAGGUUCCAGUUAAGCUGCUAAGGUGACAGGUAACGUACGUACUUCUGUUUCUAAAUAAUUAUCACAUGUGAUAGUGCUGUACCUUUGAAAUUCUUUCCUUCAAGUGAAGAGAACAUAACAUUUCAGUUUUUGGAAAAAGGCAGGUAGGUGCUGUCUUUUAUUAGCUUUAUAAUAAGAGCAGCUGUCGAAAUGCUAAAAAUACUGCUUUCAUUGCUUUCUUAAUUUUCUUCUCUUCUUAGAAUACUUGAAUCAUGGCAUCAGUGGUAGAUUGGAAACUAAGAAAAUAAUGCAGUGUUAAAUGAACACUCCAUCGAGGAUUUCCAGCGUGCUGUUGGCCAGCCAACGCGUGGCUGUUGUGCGGGCAAACAAACUAUGCAGACGGUGCUAAUGGAAUAGUCUGGUUUUUGUUUCUGAUACUUUCUUCUUCUGUAGGUCCAGCAGACAGAGGAGGAGACAGUGACACUCACAAAAUGUUAAAAAUUAAUCUUUUGUUUUGUUGACAAUUUUAAUACUUUAUUCCUGAAAAUUAUAUUGAAUACGUAGACUGGAAGAGAUCCUUCAUAACAGGCUGAAGAUGACUGUUCUGUGCUGGCUCAUUUUUCCACCUCCAGGAUGGACAGAAUAACCAGAUAUGUGAGUACUUUUAACAUCUUCAGCCAGCACUGUAACCAGAUUCCGUUCUGCACUGCCUAAGGACCCACCAGGGUUGGUGUGGUACAGAACAGGCCAUGAGGGUGGCAGAAAAAGGAGUACGGAGGAAGACUUUGAGCUUACAAGAUUUCAGUUUAAAAUUGCAGAGAUGCGAGCAAUUCUUUCCAUGAUAAAUGGUUGUUUUGUGUAAGAUGAGAUAAUACACACCAAAGUUGGAUUUCUUAUUUUCUAAGUCUCUAACUGAACGCCAGUUGUUAUCUUACCUGUCAUAGAAUCAUAGAAUCACAAGGUUGGAAAGUACCUACAAGAUCAUCUAGUUCAACUGUCCUCCUAUCACCAAUACUACCACUAAGCUACUAAACCAUAUCAUGCAGCACCUCAUCCAGACACCAUCUUUUAGUUCUGGAUUUUUGUUUAUGGUUUUCAAGGUUUUGGAAGUGACACCACAUCUUCGAGUGAUGGCCAUGUUAAGUUGCUCUGAUCUUUGUGAAGUUUGAAGAAAACAACAGUAGGCAGCUGUACUAUGUUUUUCUCAUGUAUGGUUCCUUUCAGAUUUCAUCUGAGAAAACUCCCUUAACGAUGCUUAUUUAUUCCAGUUAUGGGAUGUGCCAAAACUUCUCAGAAUAAAUGUUAGUUAAGAACCACUGGUGUCUACCAUCCUAAAAAGCACAGUGCAGUGUGGGACAUCAAUUCUCUUACUCAGAUUUUCUGUUGCAUGUAGUUACUCCAUGCCCUAAACUCUUACACACUGUAAAGUCCACUGAGUGCUGUUUUGUGUGGUUUGAUUUUUUUUAAUAUAUUUAAUGAUGGCAAGAACAAUAUGGUGGGUGCUGGAUAAAGAUUUUCUUCAUUUUCAGCUUCAUCAUCAUACAAAGUUCUGUAAUGCUUUAUUACAGAAGUUGAAAUUGGCUUUGAGUGUUUCGCAACCUGAAGGUCUGCCUAGUGAGAUUUCCUUCUGGUUAGGAAAAAAAAAGUUCUACCUUUUGAAAUGUGGAAAUCUGAGAGGAGCAUGUUUUCCAUGAUAUGAGGGAGGAAAUAGUGGUUGGAAAAACUACAGCUGUAGUUGGUUGUUGUCAGCUGAGGAACAAAUUUAGGAAGGGAAAGAGGAGCUGAAGAACAGGUGCAGCCUAGUAGUCUCUGUGACAGAUAGAUGGAGAACCUGAGCCGAGUUUAAUGGAAGUGGUUCCGGGCAACCUUCUCCACUGGGAAGCAAGAAGAUGAGUUACCUCUGCAGUUUGGCUGGCUUAUUGCUUUAGCAGUUUGAACUUGUCUUUAUAUUCAUUAUUUCUUUUUUCUUUUGACAGUGGAACAGCAAAAUGGACAGUGAGAUGUAGCUAAGAAGAGACAGUGUGGAAAUAAGAACUGUUGAAGGGAAAAAUAGUAGUUUCAAGUGUCCACAAUUAAAGGUGAUGAAAUGGAGAGAGUAUCUGGAGGAACGCCAACAAAGUAAUCUCAAGGUAAAGGUUGGAUAAAGCUUCUUUCUUUGGAACUGUUUGUAUAAUGCUUCUAGCUUGUCAAGCCCAGAUGAGUUCAUGGCAAAGACCACAAUUGCUGAAAGAGUGACUGAAGAACAGAUGUUGGGCACAUCAGGAAAAACUGAAGUUCUCACCAGCAUGGCCUGCCAUUCUCUUCUGAGAGAAAAGUUUUGACAAACUGAACACUUGAAAACCACUGCUAGGAAGAAAUCUUACCUCAUUCACUGUUCACUUGCAAGUCAAUGAGUGAACCACCCGUUUUUGUUAAAGCAACUAAGCUUGGACUUCAUGAGUUAAAUUUCAUCAUAACGGACUUCUUACUGAGAGAGACCAACAAAUGAAUGAGGCCGUGGGAACUGAGAAAUACAACUUACCCCCAGGUCAUCCUGCAAAUGGCAGAGCUCUUCACGUAAGUUUUUGAAAGUGGAAAGCACAAGUCUCAAAGAUUUAUCUGAUGUCACUCUCAUCUAGGAGGAAAAAAAAUAAAAUAUAUAUUGUUCUAAGUAGUGAGUUUUGUUUACAAAAUGCUUAACUAUAUAUAAAAGCACAGAACUGCUCUACAGCUGAAAAUAACUUCUAGAACUACUGUGCACACUGUUCUUUGAAAUGCCCACAUUUUCUAAGACUUUUUUAGGCACUUUGUUCCUUUUGAAUUAAUGCCUUGUAACACACAGGCAUCGAGUUCGUUAAGUAGGUAGGAAAUAUGAUGAGAAAAAAGCCAAAAGCCAUUUAUAAAUGGACCCAAACCAGAAGUGAUACGUUCUAUUACCAGAUACUGUAAGUGUGCCAUGGCGAUGAGUGCAUUUAGCAGUGUUUUUAGCCAGACCAUUUGUAAAGGCAAGUUAGAGAGAGGCAGCAUAUGUAAUUAGUAAUUGAUACCUGAUUCAUUGCUCAGUAAGACACGUACUGUUUGCCUUUAGUUUCUAAAGUAAAGCAUUAAUAUACAACACAAAUAAAAAUACUGAAAUUCAGCUUCUUUCAUUCCUUGCCAAAAGCCAAAAUGGGUUCCAGCAAAACUGCAAGGAAGUUCCAGUAAAACAGUUUAAAAUAAACAAGUGAGCAGUGAAAUGAACUGCUGCAUGGCACCUGAGCCACCUGUGUGAUUCCAUAGCCUGCAGAGAGAAUAAAUGGAAAAAGCAGAAUAGUGAGCAGUGUUACAUACAAAUUCCCUGGUAUGUUUGUGUACAGCUGCUUCUACUGCUUCAAGUUACUGGAGGCUUCCCCCCAUGUUAUUUACACACCUGGAGGAGAUAACGAAUCUGCUGCUUUGUUGCCUCAGACAGUCCUUUGGGAAUUAAUUCUUCAAUAUCUUCAGUCUAAGCAAAGGAUGAAGAAAGAGACAUCUUGAUUAAGAAUUUUGCCUGGUUGAUCAUUAUGAAGUUUCUUAAUUAAUUACACAGCUCUGCUAUGAAAAACAUGUUUAGCACAAGGCAAAUAAGAAUGAAAAUAGAUCAAAGCAUAUCCAGAAAAUUUCCAAAGUGUGGCAUAUAAAAACUGAGAUGAAGUGAUACAUGAAGUUUAUAUUUAAAUCUACACUAAGCUUAAAGUUUAUUUUAAAAGCAGCAUUCAAAAUCGUCCUCUCUUAACAAAUAGCACUUAAUUCUAAAACAGAGCUCGCAGCAGUUAAUGAUUAUGAGCAAAUCUCAUGUUUCUAAAUAUUGAAAAGACUGUCAACAAACAAAUGAUGACUAAAGUUUUACAGGAGAUGCUGACAGCCAUGAAGUGGUAUUGCUUCAUGUAAUUUAAUCCUAAACAAACAUUUCUACCACAAGCAUAACGACUUUAAAAAGAAGAAAGGCCCUGAUGAUUGUAUGCAUUACACCUGGAUUCCCACAAGCGAGCAGUCAGGAAAUCUAGAAAGUCAUUCUGGCAACUUAAAUUCCUCUCAUCACAGUGAGAGGCAGGUUUUUUUUUUUACUUCUGCAGUGCACAGCAGUGCAUGCUGUGAAGCAGCUGCUUUGUUGGCAAGAGAAUAAAACGUCCUUUGCAAAAAUGCAUACUGAAAAUAUAUGCAUUUCUGUACCUUUGUUUUACAAUGAAACCAUUACUGGUGUAACAGGAAAGACUCAAAAUUUGACUCGUACUGCAAUAGUAAUAAUAAUAAUGCAAAUUAUUGAAGUUCCUUUCUUUCAGUAUUAUCACACUUGCAAAUGCAUACCCAGCAGUAGGUUUCAGGCUCUGAAUGCUAUUAACAAGCAGAAAUCAUGAACUAACAAAAGAUCAGCAUCAUUCAAUUAAACUGGCUUGGCCUCAUUUGCUCCAAGAUCCACACCACUCUUACUGCAACUUUUAGAGAUCAGCUUUGUAAGAGCCCCCCUGAUGCUUACCUGACUCGUAAAUUCGAUGUCAUGGUUCCUGGAAAACAGACAAAAUGCAGUGGGCUGAUGAACAAAAGACUUUGCAGAACUUCACCACUUGACAGCUACAAAAAGAUUAUCUGUCUUUGCAGUGCAGAACAAAAAGGGUUCAUCAUAAGAUUAAGAGCCAUUAGCCUCCCUGUAAGGCAACAGGCAGUGCGUUGUUAAAUAUUACUCCUUGUACAGCUGUGUGAGGAGACCGCAUUACUAACAGCAGCACAGUCAGCACAGGCCAACUCUCUCUGUUUCUCUGGGCAGUUGUCCCAGUGAUGGUUGGUUAACCUGGUUCUUAAUUGGUUUGGGUGAUGUCUUUACCCAGAACUAAGCUGAAGUUUAUUGACAUGCAUCAGGUGUUUUCUUAGCAGUGCUGGGGUUCUUUGUGAUGUUUAAAUCCCACUCUUCCCAUGCUACAGAGCAGUUACACUCAUUUCAGUGAACUUUGAAAGCACCAAGUGAGAGUGAGAGGGGAGUACCAAAGUAACGCUGAUUGUGAGGGAAGGAUAAGGACAUUGUCAAGACUCAAUCAACUUGUAUCUGUGCUCCCAGCUGUGCAUUCCUAGGAUUUCUGGAAUACCAAAAUGUCAGGUGACAGACAUAAGGCCAAUACCUUCCUCCUAUCUUUUCCACAUGCUGUAGUAAACAGCUGUACAGGUCGUUGGUCUUGCGGUUCAGUUCAGCAAGGAGCUCACCGAAGUAGCGGCAGUCCAGCUGGUCAUUGUUCUCCUGAGAGCAAUUGAAGUAACAGAUGGUAAGCAAGAUGAUCAUAACCCAUUCCCUUCCUUGGGAAGAAAGCUGCAUGUGAAAAUGCUACCAACGUGAUGGAAUUUUUUGUUUACUCAUACCAAUGUGUGAUUUGUUUAUACUAUUCUUUUCCUGGCUAUUGUGUGUUCCAUGUCUUCUGGUUUUCAGUAAACUAUACAGAAGUAAAUUCUUCCUUUACAGCAACAAGAAAUAGGCUAAGCAAUAUCUUUUUCAGCAAUGUUAUCAUUCUUAUUCUAAUACAGAAAGCAUAGAUAAUUAGUAAAACCUCCUUUAAUGAUCUUUAAUGUUUCCAUAGCUGUAGUAGUGGGCAGAAUGCAUAUGGACAGCACUGAGAACUUACAGAAAGGCACUCACAUAAGCCACCUCCUUCUUUUUUUUUUUUUUUUUUUUUUUUUAAACCCAA